AUGGACUACAAAAUGUCAGAAAUACCACUACCGACAAGUUUAAAUGAAAAAUUCCCAUUACAAAGAUUAAAAUCAAAUGAUUCAACAACUUCAUCAACUUUUUCAAGAAAUUCAAGUUCUUCUUCAGUGGCAACCACUAUCUCUACACAUAACUUCCAACCAUCAUCAUCAUAUAAACCAAUAGUUUCACCAACUUUAUCUUCACUGACUGAAGCUUUACAUAUAUCUUUUGGUCAUAACGGUAAUAAAUCAUCCGAUACUUUAAAUGUUGAAGAUAAACAAACAAGGGACUUUGCUCCAACAACAACUCCAACAAAUGAAGAAGUAAUUACACAAAAAUGGUGUAUUAUAUUAGUUGGUUUACCUGCUUCAGGGAAAUCAACAAUAACUUCAAAUCUUAUAAAUUAUUUAAAACCUUAUUAUCAUAUUGAUACAUUCAAUGCAGGUUUUAUAAGAAGAAAAUUAUCAAUUGGGAAACAAAAUGCAAAUUUUUUUGAUUUUAAUAAUCCAAAAGCUAAAAAGCAAAGAGAUACAUAUGCACAAAUCUCAUUAGAUCAUUUAUUAAAUUCAUUAUUUUGUGAUAAUUUAGAUGUUGGUAUCUUGGAUGCAACAAAUUCAACAAAAGAUCGUCGUGAUUAUAUUUUUAAUACUAUAAAUGAUAAAAAAAAAUAUUAUAAAGAAUCAAAUUCAAAUAUUCAAAUUAAUACAAUGGUUUUAGAAAUUAAAUGUGAUGAUCCAAAAUGUUGGGAAUUUAAUGCUAAAAAAAAAACAACAAAUCCAGAUUAUAUUACAAUGGGUUAUGAAAAAGCUUUAAAAGAUUUUAUGGAUAGAGCUCAAAGAUAUCGUGAUGCUUUUGAAGAAAUUACAAAAGAAGAAAUGUUACAAAAUGGUGGAUUAUAUAUCCAAUUUAAAGAUGUUGGUAAAAAAAUUGAAAUUGAUGGUGAAGAAAAUUAUUUAAAUGAAGAUGAAGAUGAAAUAUUAAAGUUGAUUAUGAAGUUUAUGAAUGAUUAUUAUGAAAAUUUUGGGGAAAAAUAUAUGAAUUUGGUUUAUGGAAAUUAA